AUCCACCAGAGCUCACAAUAAUCGUAUAUGUGUGUCUAUGUGUAUAUAAACCAUGUGCAUGUCUGUUGGUUCAACAUAUUAGGAGAAAACUGACCAUUCGUACACAAAUUUAAUUCAUGUAAUAUUUCUUGUGAUGUAGAUAUAUUUAUUUUAGUAAAUUUAAUAAGGUUGUAAAUUCGAUGUGUCUUUUUUUUCAAACUGAAAGAUACUUAAAUUAAUUAUUAUUAUAGAGUUAUAAACUAAAGAUAAAAAUGACAUUAGCUGUGAUUUAUUGGUGGAUAUAAUAAUAUGCAAAUUAAUAAGUGAAAAAAUAACAAGUUAUUAAAAAUACAAUAAAUUAAAGUUGAAAAAUAUGUCAAGUUUACAAUUGGAAUUAACUGCUCCGGAAACAUUACUUUCCUUAAUUCAAAGUUUAGCUGAUUUACCAUGCAGUGCCAUACAACAAAAAUUAAACAAAUAUAUUCAAGAAAAAACUGGUGCUGAACUUUCAUUCCUUGCUCCAAUCUUGCCGAAGACCGAGGAAAUAGUGGUUCAUGUUGUUGGUCAAAAAAUAUUAGAUCGAGGAUUGAGAUUUCCUAUAAAUCAAUCUGAAGAGUACAAUGAAGUAUUGAAUAGAGUGAUAAGACUAAGAAAAGCCAUAGAAAUCGAUUGUAAUCAAUUAAACCAGGAAUUAUUGGGACACUUAAAAUCAAGUAUUAAUUCUACUUCUAAUAAAGUACUAAGUAUUCCAAUAGAACAUCCAAUUGAUCAACACAUUGCUUUGGUUGUUUGUAUUAAUAAUUAUCCAAAUGAAGCAAAUGCUGAAACAGUUUGUACCAAAAUUGUUCAGGAAUGUUUUCGAUAUUGCCUCGGGUUAGUACUAACAACAUUAAAUUGUGAAGAAGAAACGCGUUUGAAGCUUCAAUGUCAAAAUCUGCUUACUGUUUCUCGAAAAUUGUUUACACAUUUAGGUGACUUGACGGAUUUAUUACGAGAAAUAAUGAUAGAAGCACGAAAAUUAACUAACGCUGAAAGAUGCUCACUUUUUCUUCUUGAUAAUGAUCAUCAAGAGCUGGUAGCAAAAGUUUUUGAUGGAAUAAAAGCAGCAGAUGAAAUGCGAGUGCCUAUUAAUCAAGGAAUAGCUGGACAUGUAGCAACCUCUGGAAAUUUGCUCAAUAUAAGGAAUGCAUAUGAACAUCCACUUUUUUAUAGAGGAAUGGAUGAAGUAACAGGAUUUAGGACAAGAAAUAUUCUCUGUUUUCCCAUUAGAGAUGAAACUCAAAUCAUCGGUGUAGCUCAGUUAUGUAAUAAAAUAAAUGGACUGUACUUUGAUGUGUGUGAUGAAGAGGUAGCAACAGCUUUCAGCAUUUACUGUGGGAUUUCCAUCAUGCACAGUAUUAUUUAUAAAAAGAUUCAGGAUGCUCAAGCAAGAAGUAAAAUCAGCAAUGAGCUAAUGAUGUACCACAUGAAAGUUGAAGAAGAUGCUAUUAUAGCUUUAUUAAAUUGUAAAGAUGAUCAUAGUCUAAAAGACUUUGACAAAUUUGACUUCUGUCCUCGAAGUAUUCUUCAUGAACAUACUCCUUGUUAUACUCUAAGAAUGUUCGAUGAUCUAGGUCUUACCAAAUUUUGGCGAAUUCAACGAAAAGCAUUAGCUCAGUUCAUAUUGUAUGUGAAAAAAGGUUACAGAGAUGCUCCGUAUCAUAAUUGGAUCCAUGCAUUUUCAGUUGCACAUUUUGCUUAUCUCAUGAUCAAGAACUUUAAUCUCGUUGCUAAUAAUUACAUGUCUCAAUUACAAUCUCUAGUAUUUCUAGUAUCCUGUCUCUGUCAUGAUAUUGAUCAUAGAGGGACCAAUAAUUCAUUUCAAACUCAAUGUGGGACUGUUCUGGCAAGUCUUUAUAGUUCUGAAGGUUCGGUGAUGGAAAGACAUCACUUAGCUCAAUCUAUGUGCAUUCUCAAUACUGAUGGUUGUAAUAUUUUCGAAAAUCUUGAGGGUGAUUUAUAUAGCAAAGCAUUAGAUUUAUUGAGAAAUAAUAUUUUGGCAACUGAUCUUGCUUCACAUUUCCGAACAAUGGAUGAACAAGAAAAAAUGUUAAGAGAAGGAUAUGAGAAAGAAAAUCCAACUCAUCAAAAGCUGCUCCAUGCUAUGUUUAUGACAUGUUGUGAUCUUAGUGAUCAAACGAAGGAUUGGAGAACAUCGAAAAAAACUGCUGAGCAAAUUUAUGAUGAAUUCUUUUCCCAAGGUGAUUUAGAAAAAAGCAUGGGAACAGCUCCAAUUGAAAUGAUGGAUCGAGAGAGAGCGUCAAUACCAAAUUUGCAAGUACAAUUUAUAACGAACCUUGUUUUGCCACUUUUUCAAAAUCUUGCCACAUUAUUUCCUAUUGCCGAGUGUCUUGUCAAAACUAUUAAGAAAAAUCGUGAUAUUUGGAAAUCUGCAGUAUCUAUAUUUCAUGAAUACAGCAAAAAUGGUAUUAAAGGAAUGGAUGUGUUAUUAGAUCCGAAUGUUGAACAACAAAUUCUUACUGCCUAUGAAUCGCAAACGAAAUCAACAUAAAUUUAUUAUUUCGUUCUUUAGUCAAAAUAUAUAGGAACAAAAAUGCUUAUUAUCUCUUUAUCUAAAGGAUACUAUUUCAAAUACUCUUUUAUUCAACUAAGAAGAGAUGAAAUUAUUAACGUAAAGCAUUUUUGCAGAUUGUUCUUCUUCUUGUGAUUCAAAAUUAAGUUUAAAAUAGUAGAAAUUACAUAAUAGAUAUAAAUUUCAGAGCGCUGGCGCCUUUUACAAUGUAAAAAUUACUAUUUAUUGAAAAACUUUGUAGGGCAAUUUUAAAUGACUAGAAAGAGUAGAAAUAUUGGAAGCUUUUUAUUAUCUAAUCAACCUAUGAAUUCAAAUUAGAGUUCCUUCCAAUCUCUAUUGUCAAGUACAUGAUAUUAAAAAUAAAUAGACUCAUUAAAA